GUCGGUUUUCGUCUGCCUGGCAGCGCGGUUCUGGAACGCGUUCAAUUCGCUGGAAAAUAAGCUCGGUUUCGGGGCUAAACGCGAAAAACAUAGCCAAGUCGUUUUUCCUGAAUUACAUUUGCCGCCAGUCGGAGUUGGUUGCCGUUCAGGAAUUUGGAUUUUUUUUGCCACUGGCCAGCUCAAUUGUGCAACGUCGGCGUGCGCUGCGUGAAAAGCGUGAAAAUUUCGAAAGUGCGCAGCCAAUUGCAGCGAACACUAUUUGGAUACACACACACAUGCACACACACAAACCAGCAUACAGGCAACUUUGAUCGGCGAUCUUUGAUUUGAAAACAAUUUAUUUGGCUAGAUCAAAAUUUAUAGAUCCAUCGCACAGCUUAAACGUUGGAUUCGUGGAAUUCGCGCUACUGACUCGACCACACAACUUUCUGGCCACGAUGGAGGAUGCGAAAUUAAUGAGCAUUCGCAAUGGAUAUACGAAGUCUUUGGACGAUCAUUGCCAGCUUAUUACCGGCACACAGGAUGAGUCGCCCAUGCAAAUGUUUUACAAGGAUAAGGGCGUCUUCCUAACGGGCGGCACCGGCUUCUUUGGCAAAAUUAUUAUUGAGAAACUGUUGCGCGUCACGGAGGUGGCCCAAAUAUAUUUGCUGAUACGCACCAAAAAGGGCAAGGAUGGCCACGCACGCAUCGAGGAUUUGUUCAACGAUCCGGUAUUCGCCAAAAUGAAACAGAUCAAUCCAAAGUAUCGCUGCCAGAUCACAAUCAUCAGCGGCGACUGCUCGCUUCCUGGCCUCGGCAUCUCCCCGGAUGAGCGCGAGACCAUCAAGGAGAAUGUCAACAUUGUGCUACACAGCGCGGCCACAGUGCGAUUCGAUGAGAAGCUCAAAAUGGCCAUAGCCAUCAAUGUGCACGGCACAAAGGAGAUAAUCAAGCUGGCCAAAGAGAUUGUCCACCUCAAGGCUCUUGUGCAUGUCUCGACCGCAUUUGCUCACUGCAACAUGCGCUACAUUCAGGAGAGGUUCUACAGCGGCAUGAUGACUGGCGACAACGCCUUCAAGCUCACGGAAUGCCUGGACGAGCACACGCUGAACACGCUGACGCCGACGAUUAUCAAGGGCUAUCCGAACACAUAUACCUUCACCAAAGUGCUGGCCGAGAAUGUGGUGCAGCAGGAUGCACAGAAAUUACCCGUAACCAUAUUUAGGCCGGGCAUUGUGAUCACCAGCUAUCGAGAGCCAGUUACCGGCUGGAUUGACAAUAUGUAUGGACCCUGCGGCGUCAUCGUUGGCAUCGGCUCGGGCGUGCUGCGCGUUUUUACCGGCAACAUGGACAACAAAGCGCACAUUGUGCCUGUGGAUAUGUGCGUUAAUGCUCUGCUGGCCAGUGCCUGGGAUGUGGCACGAAAUACCUAUGAGACGCCGCCCAUAUAUAACUAUGUCCCGGAUGUGGACAACAUGGUCACCUGGCGGAAUUAUAUGCAGACUGGCUUUAAGUAUGUCAACGAUAUACCCAUGCGCAAGUCCAUCUGGUAUCCGUGCUUCACCAUUGUGCCGCACAUGUGGCAGUAUCACAUACUCUGCUUUUUAUAUCACACAUUGCCCGCCAUGUUCAUGGAUUUGAUAAUGGUUCUCAUGGGCAAGAAACCCAGAAUGAUGAAAAUCUAUCGCAAAAUACACAAGUUCAGCAAUGUGCUAAAGUUUUUUAGCUCGAAUGAGUUUCGCUUUGAUAAUGACAAUGUCCGGCGAUUGGUUGAUAAAUUGGACGAACGGGACAAGCGUCUGUUUGCCUUCGAUAUGCGCGAUCUGGACUGGACAAAUCUGUUUCGGGUCAGCUUAUAUGGGCUGCGCUUAUAUGUUGUCAAGGACGAUCCCAGCAACUUACCCGAGUCCAUAAGACGUAUUAAGCGCAUGAUGGUCCUGCACUAUACCACAUUGGCUAUCGUCUAUUCGUUAGCCGGUUGGGCGCUCUACGGGCUGGUGAAGCUGAUUUUCUUCUAAUCUCUAUAGGAUUUCCUUAAUGUAGAUAUAUAUAUGUGUGUGUGUUUAUAUCGUUUAAAGUUGAGGUUAACUUUUGUCUUUUCGUAUUGGCACUGUAGCACUUCAGUCUCGGAGUAGUUCUAGUUUUAGUUUAAGUGCGUCUCUACACAUUGAUUAUGUUUAGUCCUACGGUUAAAGCGCUCUAUCCGAUAUCUGUAUAGUCUAGUUUGUAAAUGUAAUACUACUGCUAAAGUUGAUUAUGUAACACAUACUGUGUAUAUAUUUAUGUACGAAGCUAAUCGAAUUGCAAUAAAAAUCGCUUCAUAUU